CCCUGCGCUGCUCUUCUCCGGGUGGUCUUCAGCGCCCCGAGGGUCAUCUUUUGGGGGAAAUAACCUUGCUGUUUGUCCGUGUCAGCGCCCGGCCGGGCGGCCCCUCCGUGGGAGGCCGAGGAGGGGCUCUGACCCGGGCUCCGCGUCCCGGAGGCAAAGAUCGCGACGCUGGGAGCCUCGGAGCGCUCGGGGCCAGGUGACACGGCCGUGGGCUCCCGGCGCGGGCCGGACAGGCUCCUCCCCGCCCACUCGCAGGACAGCGCGCGGCGGGGGCUAUAAAGGCUGCGCGGCGCGGAGGCCGAGACACGGAGCUCGCCCACCGCCCGGAGCAGCGGCAGCGCCAUGCACGUGAACGGCAAAGUGGCGCUGGUGACCGGCGCGGCGCAGGGCAUCGGCAGAGCCUCCGCCGAGGCGCUGCUGCACAAGGGCGCCAAGGUAGCGCUGGUCGAUUGGAAUCUCGAAGCAGGUGUAAAGUGUAAAGCUGCCCUGGAUGAGCAGUUUGAACCUCAGAAGACUCUGUUCAUCCAGUGCGAUGUGGCUGACCAGGGACAACUGAGAGACACUUUUAGAAAAGUUGUGGACCACUUUGGAAGAUUGGACAUUUUGGUCAAUAACGCUGGUGUCAAUAAUGAGAAAAACUGGGAAAAAACUGUGCAAAUUAAUUUGGUUUCUGUUAUCAGUGGGACCUACCUUGGCUUGGAUUACAUGAGUAAGCAAAAUGGAGGAGAAGGUGGCAUCAUUAUAAACAUGUCAUCUUUAGCAGGGCUCAUGCCUGUGGCACAACAGCCUGUGUAUUGUGCUUCAAAGCAUGGCAUAAUCGGAUUCACACGCUCAGCAGCGAUGGCAGCGAAUCUCAUGAACAGUGGUGUUAGACUGAAUGCCAUUUGCCCAGGCUUUGUUAAUACACCCAUCCUUGAAUCCAUUGAGAAAGAAGAAAACAUGGGACAAUACAUAGAAUAUAAGGAUCAUAUCAAGGAUAUGAUGAAGUUCUAUGGAAUUUUGGACCCAUCAAUGAUUGCCAGUGGGUUAAUAACACUCAUUGAAGAUGAUGCUUUGAAUGGCGCUAUUAUGAAGAUCACAACCUCUAAGGGAAUUCAUUUUCAAGACUAUGAAACAACUCCAUUUCAUGCAAAAACUCAGUGAACAUCUUCUGUAUCGGCCGUAACUGAAAACAAGAACAAAUGACUUCCAUUAGACCAUUUCUUCAUCGAAUAUAGCUUUUUAAAUGAAAUGUUAUUGUCUGAAGCUUUCUUUCAUGCGUUUGAGAUUAACUUUAUCUCUAAAUGAUUAGUUAGGUAUUUGGAUGAAAAAAUCAGGAACUCUCAAAGAUAGGAUGUGAACCAAAGUUAACUUUUGAUUUUUAUAUAAGUCUAAGUAAUGAUUAAAACAAAGGAUAUUCGAGGAAUAUUCUGCCUUUCAGAAAAUGUAUUUAAAUUUGUGGUACAUGAAUAUUAAUGUUUUUCAGAAUAUCAUUUUAAAGGAGAUACUUGAAAUGUUAUUUAAGUCAAACCAGAUGUAAAAAUCUCAUUUUGUUUUUAUGUUCUCACUAGUAAAAAAGAGAAGCUACCUGCAAUGGCAAAUUUUUAGUAAUAAUAACUUUACUUAUAUACCACUUUUCAGCUGAACAUUUCAGCUCUUUAAAGAUGUGACAUACUUAGGGGCCAGUAGUUAGGAAAUAAAGUACAGUAUGACUAUAUCCCAAAUGAAAAAUCUGAUAUAUGGGAAAAUGACAAAGUAAUUGGCUGAGAUAUUGAUCCAAGUUCAGCCUCCCAUCUAGGGAAACCAUUUCUUUCCUAUUUGCUUACUUUAAGAAAUUUAAUUUUCUCCAACAAGCUCAGGAAUGACAUUUUUAACACUUAUAGCAAAAGUAAUAGUUAGUGCUUCUACAAUAUUAUAUUUAAGAUUGCCUCAUUUAGAAAAAAAUAGAAAUGUAAUAUUUUUCAGGUUAUUUCAUUUAUACCCGUUUCCACAGUGCCUACUUUUUAAUAAAAAUCUUCUUUCAUUUUAAUCUCCAGAACUUAUUUAGUGUUAUAUGUAUAGCUUUCGAGGAGAAGAAACCAAUUUUGUCACAGCCUUGAUCGUUAGUGCUCAAAGUCACAAUAAUAAGAGAUAAAGGUAGCUGUGAUGUUUUUGCUGUUUUCCCUGUCAAGUAUUUUAACAUAUGAUCAGUAAAUGCAACUGCUUUGGGUAUCAUUAUUUGCAAGCAAUAAUUAAUGCCAGUAAUAGUGAAAGCACAAGAUUUCCAAAUCAACCAUUUUCUUAGGGAAUACUAUAUAUGUGAUUCACUCUGCCUGCUAAAUUCAGAGCUCCCAGCUUGGAGCAAAUUCCGUCCAUGUGAGAGAUGGAUGGGGGUUUUCUAGAGACACUGGAGUGUUGUCAUGUCUUGCUCUGUUUUAAUUCUGCCGUAGAAAAUAUUGCCUUCACUUUUAAAGAGUAAUUUUAAUAUGAAUAACUCUUGUCCAGAGUUUCACAUAAUGCACUUGAAAAAACAACGAGAAAUGAAAAUCCAGGACUGUCUGAUAGAGAAAAGUGGGAAUAAUGCACAAACUUGUUCACACAUUGUGGCAGUAACUAGUCAGUGAAUAAUAAUACAGGCAUGGGGAGUAUUACUUCCUUAUUUUCCUACUGUAAUGUUCCACUAGAGCUAAAACUUUUCAUUUAUGGAUAAUUUUUUGUACUGGCAGUCGUCAAUAUACUUAGUGUAUUGAGUUGAAUGUUUUUCAAAUCAGUGAACUCUGCAGACAUUUAAAAUCAGAUACUGAGUAGAACUGAAAAAAAUGAGGUAUGUUGGAAAAGUUCAUUUUAUAUUAAAAUGUAUCUGCUAUAAAUAGCUUUAAAUAAACCUGUAUAAUGUUAUAUGAUAUCUCUGUAUACUGGUUGGGGAAAAAUAACAUUAAAUUUGGGGGAAUGGAAAGCCUUAGUUUCUUUAAUUGUAUUUUUUCAGUGAAAAUCCUAAUGUAAAUAAUAUGCAUUUUUUAAAAUGUACAUUUCUUAAUAAAUGGGUUCCCAGAAUAGCAAAGCUAAAAGUAUGUGGACACUGAAAAAAGAGUAAGACUCGAUAAUGGCAUUGAAUGUCCAUCAAACUUAAUUUUCAUAUCAAAAUAAUUUUAGUUGCUUGUUGUGCCACUUAAAAUAUAAAUGAUUAUGUGAUGAUUUCUGUCUAGUUUUUUUUUUCUCUGUUCAUAAAUUUAGGAUGCUGAAGAAGUCUGAAAAUGUAAAUUUUUAAAUAAAGUUCAAGUCAUUUCACAUA